AUGCCAAUGCGUCAGCGCGGAUUCUGAGUCGGGUCGAUGAGAGCCUACACCCUGCGUUUCAUCGUUACAUCCAACUUUUCGCGAAUGUGGCGGCUGAAGUUUCCCUCGUUGUGAUCCCAGCCUCUGAAAGUUCGUUCUCCGCAGCAAGCCAUCAUUUGUGUCGUCCGUCCGCCGAACAUGCUGAAAUUCACGUGAAGUUAGCUCGAGGUGAUCGUUUUUCAUGUCAGCGAACAUGGAGCGCAGGAGGUUGUCCACCCAUGGCGACUCUCUGUAUCAAAUUUUGGGAUUACCGAAAACUGCAACCCAAGAUGAAAUCAAGAAAACAUUUAGGAAACUAGCACUUAAGUACCAUCCAGACAAGAAUCCUAACAAUCCAGAAGCAUCAGAAAAAUUCAAAGAAAUAAACAAGGCUAAUGCUAUUUUAAGUGACCUAACAAAAAGGAAUAUUUAUGACAAUUAUGGCUCCCUAGGUUUAUAUAUAGCUGAGCAAUUCGGUGAGGAGAAUGUUAAUACCUAUUUCCUGGUCACCUCAGGAUGGUGUAAGGCACUGUUGGUAUUCUGCGCGGUUGUGACAGGCUGUUAUUGUUGCUGUUGCUGCUGCUGUUGUUGCAACUUCUGCUGCGGAAAAUACAAACCGCGAGCCCCAGAAGACUCAGGAGAUUAUCAUACAUUAAAUAGGGACGAUGGUGUGAGAACAAGUCAACCCAGAAGUAACAAUUAUAAGAAGGACAGUGACCAGGAAGAUGGCGGCGAAGGCCCGGUCACAUCACAACCGACCUCAAACUCUGCGCCACCUAACAACUCAGCCAAUCCCAUCUUCGCGAUGCCGCCUCCUCCGUCCGCAGCGACAGAGAGCACCUCACUGAACCCCCAAGAGCAUAUCUCAUACACUCCAGGUAGUAUGACUCAAAGUGCAUCACCUAGCCAUAUUUCCCAACCAAGUGGCGACUCGCACUGGUAGAUGAUCCUACCUCCCUCUCUAUAUGGUAGCUUGCUGCUGUGUAAAUCCUCUACACCGGAACACCAGUCCACAGAACUUUAUUUCAUUAAUUCUCGAACCAACGUGUCGGUUCUGCUGAUCCCAGCCUCUGUUUGCCACUACCUUUCGGUGCAGUAUUUAUUCAUUCAAUACAUUUAUUUAUCUAUUUAUUUAUUUAAUUUAUUCAAAAAGUUUAUACACAUAGAUUUUUUGUAUUCAAAUGAACUCAGGCUAGCAUUCAAAAUAUUUUCGAAUCUUUUUGUAUCCUUUGUGAGACUGCUAGCUAGGAAAUCUUGCUUCUCUUUGUUUUGUUGUUAACACAAGGAAUGAUGCCAAACUUUCCUUGCUCUAUGGAAUGUUUGAAAUGUCUACACGUACAUCGAAAGUAAUUUACUUUUCAUAUUGCAGCACUUUCCUGUGUUUAUUAAUGGGUCACUGGACAAAGUCUGUACUAAAAAAAAAUCAGGAUAGUUCUAUGUAUAGUCCUUGCCUUGAAAAGUAAUGGUUGAGAAGCUGAGUCAGUGAGUGACUUGGGCUAUUGUUUAAGGGUUCAAAGGCAGUUACAUUAGUGCAUUUAUAGGACCGUGGUUCACUAAAGCAAAUGAAAUCUUUAACAAAACACUGAGCUGUGCACUUGACUCUGCUCUACCACUUUCUGUAACGUGAACCAUGGUCUAGUAAUUGCCCCGGUUGAUCCAUUUUUUGACAGCUUGUGAUUAUUUUUUCGUUUCACUCAAUGUUUCAAUCGGACAAUAAAAAUUGAGUACUGGUUGGGGUAUUGAAUCCAAUCUAUUCAGUCAUUGGAAAGUAAAAUAGAACAUUAAAGUCUGAAUUAAAUUGAAUUUCCUUCCAUACGAUAGCAUUAUUGUAUGAUGCUUGCAAGUCACAUCAAUUGUUCAACUUGUUUUUUUUUUUUUUUUUUUCGGCUGUUUCUGAAUUUUUAUUUUUUAUUUCCGUAUUGUUUGUUCAUGUGUAAGCUGAUUUUUCCUUUUUUAAAUCCUCCUAGCUAAUUUUUCCUAUCGAAUUCUAAAAUAAGCAAUGAUGUACGAAGGUACUUUCAUACCACACGUUAAUAUCAUAUCUUACCCAUCCAUUUAUUGUAUUCUACACUCUCUAAAUAUUUAGUUUCAUGAUCUCACAAAAACAAAGCAUAAAAGCAGGUAUGUUUCAAACGUUUUGGACAUUUUUUGGAGCAGCAUCCAACUCAAAAUGGGGCAGACAUUUUUCUUAGCUUUAGUUUAAAAUACGCACAUCUUUGCAUCAGAAUUGUGUUAUACUAUUCCUGAAUAUUGUGUUAAACAAAUUAUGUUAAACAUGGAUGCUUACCACAGUUGCCUCAGUCAGGGAAUACGGAGAAAAGUGGGAAAUGUCAGGGAAUUUUAAAAAGUCAGAAAAAAAUUGUUAAGUCACUUGUAUUUGCCUUCCAGGAUGGGUUUGAUAGAAAAAUUUGCAUGAAAAAUAUCUCAAAAUACAUGUCUUUUUUAACUGUUUGGCAUAUCUUCAAUUGUCAGAGAAUUCUACGAAAAUGUGAUAGGGAAAUGUGAGGAAAUUUCGUUUUCUAAAUACUGUGGCAACCCUGUUACCAAUCAUGAAUGUGCUCUGACUAUUUGAAUAAGAAUUUUGUCUGUCCAUUGUUUUUGACUUGCUUGUUGUUUUUCACAAUUCACCGAGACCUUACACGACAAUAAUUCUCUUUAUAUAUCUGUACAUGCAUCAGCUUACAUUUAAAUAUUACUCUUCAAGACCUAAUUGAUUGUAUUCGUACUGUAACACUAUCGCCUUCUCAUUAAACAUUAUUUACUUGGUUAAAGAAGAAAAAUAAAAAAAAAAACCCUUGUCUAGAAAUAGAAUCAACAAGCAUGUACAACUUGGAUUUUAGCGUCCAUGGUAUCAAUUUUGUCAUCAAGGAGGCGUUUCUCCAAUUAAUAGCGCUUAAAUUCCAGGCAUUAUCAGUAACAAAUCGGACUGAUGUAUGUAGACUAGUCAUAUUUAAACUUUUAUAUCUUUUAAAUGCAUAUACAUCUGAAGAAAGUAAAAAGCCAUCUUGUUUUCCCGUGACUAAAGUUCCUUUUUUUAUUUUAUUUUAAUGGCAGUAAUACAAUUCCUGAAAAUGCUUUGGUCAGAAAUUGAGUAGAGAAAUCAACAUCAACUUCAUCUACUGGGCGACUAGACAAGGCUUGAACUUGACAGACAAGCCACUUGUUUCUUCUUCAAGAUUUGAUGUAGAAAAAGAUUCACAAAAUAAAGAGUUCAGAAAGCAACUCCUGGACAAGAUGUAUUGAGUCAUUUUAUCACGAAUCAAAUGGAAGUUUGAUGUACAAAUGCUGUCUCUUGUACUUUUCUCAUUUAAUCAGCGUUUUUUCUUGUUUAGAAGUUCAUUUUCAGACUUUCCAUCGUGUGAUUCGUGUCCCUUGUAAAAUUUUGAAGAGAGAUCAUGUUGCGUAGUGCUUCAAUUCAUACUUUGUCUAGUGGCUCAUUAAGGGCACACUGAGGUGUUUUAACAAGGGAAAAUUUUUAAGUGUGUAAUUUUUACUCUCCAAAUGCAUGAAUGUAUUUCGCCUCCUGGCGUUAAUUUUUUUUUGAAAAAAAAAUUCAGUCACAGUUCAUCUUAAUUUCAAGUUUCGAAUGAGAAUCAGGAAUAGUCCAUAAACAAUUGGGAAAAUGUAAUCAAUACAGAGAAUCAUUCAGUAUUAAACAUAGAAUGUAUCUGUAAAUUUUUUUUGAAGCUGCCUGUUGUUUUUCAUCAGAUUUAACCGAUGUUCCAUCAACUGUUGAUCGUUGGUGAAGAAAAAUUUUAUUUUUAAAGUCCCUCUGCUGUUUCUGGUAAAAAAAACUGCCCUCGUUUUGACAACUUUUUGUUAUGAUGUGUAAUUCAAAAUUAUACUUACUUAGUUAAUUAUAGCACUGCAUUUCUUUUGUGAAACUGCUUCAAGUCGAACUUUUUUUCUUGUGAGCAAGUGAAUUGAAAUUUCUGAAAUGGCUUCCGUUAAAAUUCGUCGAUCAUCAAAUGAAUUCUUCACGAAGCUGGUGACUAGUCGUAAGGAUCAUGUUAUUAAUAUUCAGUCUGCUGUGUAAAUAUUUGAUUUUUUUACUUUCCCCCUCUUAAGUUGUUGAUUUUAGGUACCUAAUCAAUUUUGUUUUUAUUAUUUUUAGGUUUAAAUUGUUUUCAGUCCCUACCAUUUUGAGGUGAAAUUUUUCAGUCCCUCCCAGCACUGACUCUUUGUUUUUAAAGGGUUUCUUGGAGCAAAACGUUAUUAAAAGACUUUAUUUCAUCGACGUUCAAAUGUAAGGGUGUAUCUCAAUUUCCCUGUGAGCCUUGAUCUCCGUAAAACCUCGAUGCUUUCUAGGGUUUUUGAGGAAAUUGAAGUUUGCCCCUACAUUGAAGGAUCAAUGAUUUGAGCCAUUGACUAAUCCCAGACAGCAUCACAUAAUUCUUUCUGGGAUACGAAUCGAGUUGAACAGAAGCAGACCAAGUUUGAAUCAAGAAAAAAAAGUUGGCAGUUUUAUCCCUCCGUAAGACUCUAUAUCUUCGACAGAGUUUAACAACUACUUUCACAUAAAAAUAUUUUUCUCCGAAUUCAGGAAGGAGAAAAUUCAUAACUUGUUGAAUACAAAACUGUCUUCAGUUCAUUUUUUUUUCGAAACGCAAAUUGGUGUGUUCCUGUUCAAUUGAAUCUAUAUGUGCUCCAUUUUUCUAAAACAAAUCUGCUAAUACUUUUCCGGUAAUUGAAAGGAAAGCUGCAGUUAUUUUAUCGAAUGAAAGUGAAGAACCUCCUGAAUAAACACUGAAAAUUGGACUGUGUAUAAAUUUUCAGCUUCGUAAUUAAUUUGAGGCUAUAGUCUGAACACUUAAUCUUCGAUUGCUUUGUGGGAUUAUUUAAAUAGGACACCUAAAAUGCAAGAGGUAUUAUUCCUCACGGCAUUGGUUUAGGAUACUAUUUUAAUCAGUACCAUAGCAGUUUGAGGUAAGGCGGUUAGAUGCUAUGGUGUAAAAGGAGUUGCAUUUCAACGAAGCUACAAUUGGAAUUGUGGCAAAUUUUUAAGAUUUGUCAGAAGAGUAAGACUUCUUUUGCCUCAUAGCGGUACGCUCUGACUGUAAUCUUUGUGAGGUAACUGUUCAUUUUCUCUCACAGGCAUUUUUUCAAAAUCAUCUCCAGAUUCAGAACUUGUUUGUUUUAAAUUCCCUGUAUGACAGUUGUCUAGCAAUACAACUUUUUUGAAUUGCCGAAAAGAACUGCUCCAGAAUUAAAUGUGACCUUUUUGCCACGAUUCCCUGUUUUCAUCAUUGUAAUGUUACAAUAUUUCACAUAAUUUUUACUUUUAAUUUUUCUCUUAUCAGAUAUGUCCUUUAAAUGUUACAAACACCAGUUCACAUGUGUACAUAUUUAUUUAUGGGUAGGCAAGUAUUCCAACGCCGUUUGAGGACGGUGAUUUCAGUUGCGCUAGUGUGUAAGUGACCAAGUCAGUGCAGUAUUUUCACCUAAUUGUUAUUUAGCACUCGACUACUGAGUCGUAUCGAAACCAGUCGUUCUGUACUUUAAUCUAUAACUCAAGCUUGAAAAAUAUAAUAAAUUGAAUAAAUGUUA